AUGAAGCAACGAAUGGGACGUACUGGAGACAGCUUGUUCACCUCCGAAGAACUGCGGUUGCGCUGGACGAAAACAGAAUACAGCAUUUCAUUGCCUGCCUCGUCGGCCGGACCACUACCAGACAGUGAUUGGCGUCGCCAUCACCCUGUCUCCCUCCUGCCUCAGUCCGUGGGCACGCGACUGAUCUACACAACCGGCUUAGAGGAUGCCUGCUAG